CCUGACAAAUCCGUAAUGGCAACCUCAUCCAUAGCCAACCUCUUCUGCUUCUUCACACCAUCAAAACCACCACCGUCGCCGCCGUUAUCUACGCCGAGAAAUCCACCGUCCCAUCUCUCCGACACCACCAUCACCACCUCCUUCAGAAAAGAUGGAUGGGCCCCACUUGUUUUAUCCAAUGAAAAUGACUCAAACUCGCUAUUAUCAUCGUCGUGCUCUUCGGACGUUAUCUCUGCCGUGUGCCCCUCUCUUGCUUACUCAAACACACUUUUCUUCAGAUCAGCAUACAAUGUUCAGGUCUUUGUUGAUGACAAUGAACCGGAGGAGAGGCUCCUGAACCGGUUCCGGAGAGAGGUGAUGAAGGCCGGAGUCAUUCAGGAAUGCAAGCGUCGGAGGUUCUUUGAAAAUACGCAAGAUGAGAAGAAGCGCAAGUCCCGUGAGGCCGCCAAGCGCAAUGGCCAAAGGCGCUUUCAACCAAGAAGCAACACACAGAAUAGGUCUGAGAUCUCUAAGAACAAGAAGAAAGAUGGGGAGGAAGAUAACUGGGAACUUCCUGAAGGAGACAUACCCUAUUGAUCUCACAUUUUUUUAGUUUGCCUUUUCGGUUCAUCGAUCGCUCUUGCUGAUUUCCCCCCUUUCUCUAAAUUUAAGUUUCCUUGAUUUGUCAAUUACAUUGUGUCUCGUGUGAUUUUGGUUAUGAAGAUAUCUACUUGUUCAUUGCUUCAAAAUGUCAAUGCUGGUACUAAUUUAUUAAGUUGACGAAAAAAUGAAUCUGGUGUGUUGCUUAUAGUCU